AUGAUGGAGAAUUUUGAAAUAGAAAAAAAUAAAAAGAGGAUGAGAAAACCGGGGAAACGCUUUGGAAAAUACGAGAUCUUUAAUCAUAAUUCUCAGAUUCCAUAUUCACUUCUUAACCCAAAACUAGUUUGUUCAUAUAAUUCUUUUACACUUAAACUGAAAUUAGAUUUGUGUUUUUCUUUGAGAGAACAAUGCUCUUUUUGCGAAUCUUCCACAUUGUUUAACACCGAAAUUAAUCCCUACCCGGGGAUUCCGAAGCUAGACCACUAUGUUUCCACAUUAUCACAUGAAUAUUUUUCUGAGAUCAUUGAAAAUUUUAUUGAAAAACAAAAUGAAACCAUGAAGUCCCAGCUUGUUGAUUUGAGAUCCAAUUUUUCACUUCUACCCUGCCCAGUGGAUCUACUAAUAAAUAGAAUUAAUAAAGAGAUUGGAAACUUUGUCGAAUGUAUCAGGAAAAGGACCCAGAACGAAUUGAGAGGUUUCAGACUAAUUAAAUCUCUAAAGAAAAUUAAGAGAUCUGGUAUAAGGAAUAUAGUUUCAGAAGUAGAUGAUCUUUAUAACAAAAUUAAUUUAGCCAAGAGAGUUUCGUUCAUAAGUUUGUCAGAUGUUUUCGGGGAGCCAAAUUGCUUAAAAAUUUUCAAAACAGUAAGAAUGUGUUGUGUUCUCAGAUAUUUGAAGGACAAAAUCAAUAUUCCAAUCUAUCAGAUAAUCUCAAAUAAUCAAAAAACUGAUUUAAGAGAAUGUUCAGACUAUUAUAAAAUUUCUGGUGAUUUUUCCAAACUCGAUGAAAUGAUAAGGAAACAAAACGAGGAAGUGUGUUAUGGAAUUAAUGAGCCUUAA